AUGCGAUCAAGAGACGUGUGCAUGUUAUAUACCACUGAUACUUGUAUGAUGAUACUGGGUGCAUUGAUGGAAGCUGCUGCAGUAGAAAAAUGGAAUUUACAUCAACGGAUAGCCUUGGCUACCUUGAAUUUGAUUGGAUCCAAGCCUCGAUGGUUAAUACUUGGUUUCAUGGCCGUGACAGCCUUCUUAUCAAUGUGGAUAGUGAACACUGCUAGUGCCGCCAUGAUGAUGCCUAUAGCCUUCGCCGUUAUGUAUCAGCUAGCAGAAAAGAAAGGACCAAGUGAACAGGAGAUUGUUCCAGAAUGGCGCCCUGAGCCCGAAGAUGACACACAUACCACAACGAGUAAUGGAGCAACUGUAAACAAGAAUGUUGUGAUGGAUACGACAACCGACAAUGACGAGUGGACAUGUAAAGAUGAUGAUAUACUUACACCAGACCAGAAGGAAUUAAAAACGUCAAACAUCAAUGCGGAUCAAAAAGAAGGCAUUAUUACUGAAAGUUAUUUAGAAGAUGACGAGCAUGUAGAGAAUAUGAAGGAAUUAAAUCAAGAAGGCGUCGAGAUCCCUGAUGAAUACAGAAUGAUGGCAAUAGCUCUAUGUUUAUCAGUUGCCUAUUCGGCCAACAUAGGGGGCUCGGCCACCCUAAUUGGUACAAGCACCAACAUGGUAAUGAUUGGUAUCCUCGAACAAAACUAUGGUACUGACCACGGGGUAACAUUUGGAAGAUGGAUGUUGUUUGUUCUCCCGUCAGCAAUGAUAUUCCUUGCAAUUAUGUGGAUAUGGUUUUUAUUUUUUUACUUAGAUCUUAAUCCAAAAAACUGGAAGAGUUUGUCCUGCAAAUGUGAAACAACAGAAGACGAAGUUAUAAUAAAAAAUACCUUAAAAGCAGAGUAUGCCAAGCUAGGACCGUGGAGCUGGGCUGAGAUCACCAUAGCGUUUCACUUCACUAUGAUAUGCAUAUUAUGGUUGACACGAGAUGCAUUAUGGGGGCAAUUAUUCCCAGACGAGUAUGUUAGUGAUACUACUGUAGUUAUGUUGGGCAUUGUUGUGCUGUUUAUACUCCCUGCCUAUGACCCUGGUUUUCUGUGCUGCAAGCGAUAUGACGAUGACACCCCAAGAGGUACAACAGUAGCGAUCCUCGAUUGGCCAACACUACAUACAAAAGUACAAUGGGGCGUUGUAGUAUUGAUCGGAGGUGCAUAUGCUUUAGCUGGUGGGUCAGAGGAGUCUGGACUAUCGGCUUGGAUAGCGAAUCAACUUGAAGUGCUAGGUGAACUUCCUGUUAACGCAAUUGUUCUUAUAUCUGUAAUAAUUGUUGGGAUAUUUACUGAAAUCACAAGUAACUCCGCUGUAGCCGCCAUAUUUUUACCAAUCCUUGCUGCUCUGGCAGAAGAACUUUGUAUCAACCCUCUGUAUUUAUUGAUUCCAGCUACAAUUGUUUGUUCAUAUGCAUUUAUGUUGCCAGCCGCCACUCCCCCAAACGCAGUUGCCUUUGGAUGUGGGUUAUUCGCUGCAACCGAAAUGGUAUCGUACUGCGGAUAUAUCUUAAUUAUCAUGGCUGUGUAUUGGGUGAUGGAAGCCAUGCCCAUACCAGUGACGGCACUUCUACCAUUGGUGCUUUUUCCGUUGAUGGGAAUCAUGAAAGCCGAGGACGUGUCGCUAAUGUACAUGAAAGACACCAAUGUACUUUUUAUCGGAGGUUUAAUGAUGGCAAUUGCGAUAGAACAAUGGAAUUUGCAUAGGCGUAUAGCAUUGGCUGUUCUUAUGGUGUGUGGCUCAAAGCCAAGGUGGUUAAUGCUGGGUUUCAUGUGUGUAACAGCAUUUUUGUCAAUGUGGAUAAGUAACACGGCAACUACUGCUAUGAUGUUACCAAUCGCACAGGCGGUAUUGGUAACUCUCUCAGACAGACUCGAAGAAAAGAAAGCCGAGGAUGCUUCUGCUCCAUCAACUCCGGGGACGAAGAAGAAGCGUGCAAACGACGACUUUCCUGAUUAUGCAAUACAAGGCCAUGACGCGGAUAUUCCCUAUGUCGUAACAAGAAAUAAUGAUGGCAUAGAAUAUGCUGUAGAUGACAUACAGUCCAACCAUGUAUCCGCAUACAGCAAGCAAGACGAGUCCCAAGUACUCGCAGAAGAAGUUGUAGUAGUUGAACACGAGAACGCAUUCGAAGUGGAUGAGGACUACAGACUUAUGAGUAAAGCGUUCAUGUUGUGUGUGGCAUAUUCCGCUAAUAUUGGAGGCACAGCUUCACUCAUCGGUACUACACCUAACCUGGUGUUGGUCGGCGUUCUUGACGAUCGUUACGGUGCCGAGAACCAUCCGAUCAACUUUUUAUCAUUUAUGGUAUAUUCACUACCGGCAGCUAUUAUCUUUCUUUUUGCGGCGUGGGUAUGGCUAAUGUGUGUCUAUCUUGAUUUCAAUCCAAAAAACUGGUGGAUAGAUGGUAAAUGCUGUUGCCUGUCAUGUUCAUGUAAAUGUAACAAAACAGAAGAAGAGAAAAUUGUAGAAAAAGUUAUUAAAGAGGAAUAUGUGAAACUUGGAGAUUGGACAUACGCAGAAAUCACAGUAUUGGUGCAUUUCGUAUGUUUAGCUCUUCUUUGGAUUUUUCGUGACAUUAGUGGUUUUGGAUGGGGUAAUCUCUUCCCAGAAGGAUACGUAACAGACUCCACACCGGCUAUCACAAUUGCUGUAGUUUUAUUCUGUGUACCGUCUGCAUGCCCGUCGUUUUUCUGCUGCAGACCUGUCGAAGAUGACGACCCACCAGGAUCAAAACCAAGUAUAUUAAACUGGCCAGCAGUGCAUAAAAAUCUGCCCUGGGGAUUGGUUCUUCUUCUAGGGGGAGGUUAUGCACUUGCAGAGGGAUGCGAGGUUUCAGGGUUGUCCCAAUGGAUUGGGGAACAACUGGCUGUAUUGGACUACCUAGAAGACUGGGUUAUUGUUCUUGUGUGUACCACGGUCGUCUGUUUUUUCACUGAAGUGACAAGUAACACUGCCAUUGCUACAAUCUUUCUCCCGAUACUGGCUUCCUUGGCCGAACAGAUUUGCAUGAAUCCACUGUAUCUUCUAAUGCCGUGUACUAUUGUUGUGACGUAUGCGUUCAUGUUACCCGUAGCAACGCCACCCAAUGCUAUUGCAUUUUCCUAUGGUCAACUUACAAUCCCAGACAUGGCAUCUGUUGGUUUCAUGCUGAACUGCGUUGGUAUUAUAUGGGUUAAUGUCUGGGUGAACACCUAUGGCGUAGGAGUAUUCGAUCUUGACGAGUACCCAGAAUGGGCCAUGUACGAGAAUGCCACCUGUCUAGACAACGUGACAACAACGAUGGCGCCUUUCACUACGCUAGCGUAACGUGAAAAUGAAAGAGACAACGGCGAAAAGAUUACAUAUGCACACCAAUAUAACGACUAUCGUAAAGCUCAGGAUAGCAUCGGGAAGUGGAUUAGGAAAAACUGCACCAGGG